ACGAGAGACCGUCCAUUUAUAAGGAUGCUGGUGGGAAAUGCCUGGAGACAGAGAUGACGAGAUUUGUCAAAAAGCACUCGAACUCCUGUCAGAUCUUUGCUCAAAGGGGGAAGUGCAGAAUGAAAACUGUCUGGAUUUUAUCUACUAUUUCCGAGAUCUCACCAGACCACGAUAUUCUGAUUCAGAUAUAUCAGUGAGUCUACUCUCACUAGUGGUUACUGCCUGUGGAUUGGCACUAUUUGGGGUUUCCCUCUUUGUCUCCUGGAAACUCUGCUGGAUACCAUGGAGGGAGCGAGGACUUUCACCCACAACAAAGGAGGCUCAAGGGCACAUAAACCCCACCAUGAGCCCUCUGCCCACACAGCCUGCACCCCAACAGCCAGUUUACACUGCCGUCGACCCUCCGAUGCACAACCGCCGUAAGUCUUCACAUUGUUCUGUCGCCAAAGAGCCUACACCCGUAGCCUCUAUUGUGUCAGUGGAGGCUCCCAUGACUCCCGUGUCACCUCCACCUGUGGUGCUGGCCACACCAGAGGCAGCUAUGAAGAUAAGCCACACAUUCCCGGACAUACCACUGGAUGCUCAGAGUAAAACUCGGGAAAACGGAGUUCACACAAACCCUCGAAUGCAGAGGCAGACAACAGAACCAGCACCAGGUGGUUGCUCAGAAAUGGGUCAAAGUUCCAUUCGCAGACAUAUCAACCUCUCUAACCCAGAUUUCAAUGUGGCACAGUUCCAAAGACAGGAUUCCCUUACUGGAAUGGGUCUUGGCCUUGGCCGCCUCAAACCCGAGCUGUACAAGCAACGCUCACUUGAGGGGGAUGAGGGCAGUCGCAGAGGUGGGGGUUGUGGGCGCCUCCAUUUUAUUCUUAAAUUUGACUGCGACUUGGAACAAUUAAUAGUUAAAAUCCACAAAGCAGAGGACCUCCCAGCCAAGGAUUUCUCUGGUACCUCUGAUCCUUAUGUUAAGAUCUACCUGCUGCCUGAUCGGAAGACUAAACACCAGACCAAGGUGCACCGCAAGACGCUCAACCCUGUGUUUGAUGAGGUCUUCCUGUUCCCUGUGGCCUACUCUGAGCUUCCCACACGAAAGCUGCAUUUCAGCAUCUACGACUUCGACCGCUUUUCACGCCAUGAUAUCAUCGGUCAAGUAGUGGUAGACAACUUCCUGGAUCUGGCAGAUUUUCCCAGGGAGACAAAACUCUGCCGUGAAAUCCAAUAUGUCUCCUCGGAUAACGUGGACCUUGGGGAUUUGAUGUUCUCCCUCUGCUACUUGCCUACAGCAGGCCGAUUGACCAUCACCAUGAUACAGGCUUGCAAUCUUAAGGCCAUGGAUAUAACUGGUGCAUCAGAUCCGUAUGUGAAGGUUUCUCUGAUGUGUGAGGGUCGGAGACUGAAGAAAAGGAAGACAUCUACGAAAAGAAACACCUUGAACCCAGUCUAUAACGAGGCUAUUGUCUUUGAUGUCCUUCCAGAAAACAUUGAGCAGAUCAGCCUUUUAAUAGCAGUGAUGGACUAUGAUCGUGUGGGUCAUAAUGAGGUCAUUGGUGUGUGUCGAGUCGGCAAUGAUGCAGACAGCCUCGGUCGAGAACACUGGAGUGAAAUGCUCACAUAUCCACGGAAACCUGUCGCCCACUGGCAUCCUCUUGUUGAGUACCAGGGGACUACAAGUAGUAGCCAAGGAGGAUCUUGUAAUUCCCUCAAAGCUCCUCCUUCUCCGUAGCCUUCAGCAAAAAUUUUAAUGAAACUACUGAUCAACCUGAAGCUCUUGCUGAGUAAUGCUGAAUGUUGUUCAAAAAUGGUUUUAAUAAAAUUAAUGCAGGCAUUUAGUAACAACUAUGGAAAGGAGAGAUGCACACUGUCUUAUGUUGCAUGUAGAAUGAUUGCAAGAAUGGAUGUUUUGUUUUUUAUGAUGUUUCAUUAGAAAAACAGGUGUAUGCAGACAUUUUAAGUCUGUGCAAUUCCUGCGUUUAUACAGACUAUACUGUUAUUUAUUUUUACAUAGUCUUGGUACUUGUUUUAAUAAAGUGAGUCUGUACUUGCAAGAUGUACUUAAAACCAUUUGAACUGCCAUGCCAUUUCUUUUGUUCUAUUUGGUGUUGACUUGGUGCAUGAGGUCAUGGUUUGGUGGGAAGUCUCUUAGUUUGUUUGCUUCUGUUUCUAUUUUACAAUGCAGUGUGUUGCUUUGUCUGUUGAUGUGAAGUAACGGUUAAUUUACAUACAAUGUAUAUGUGAGCAAAACUAUGUUGAAUGUUGGAAAUAAAUAGCGUCGAAUAAAAGUAACUGCAGCCUUU